CACGAAGAAGAAGCGUUUACAUGGUCUUUGUUUUGGUUGAAGUCACGUUUCGUCUUUUUGGAAACUACAGACAAAAAUCUUAAAAAAAAUGUUUGACGGGUACCAGCUCGGUCAGCAGCACCAUGAGACAAAGCACGUGAUGCCCUGUUACAACACAGGCUAUUACACGGAAGGCUUCAGAGAACACCCUGUCAUGGCUGAACAGCCUGUCAUAGCUGAGCCGCCUCUUUAUCCCGAAGCCCCUUCAUAUCACAGCUUCCCUCCAGGUCAACACCAACAGCUCGCCUACCAGCAGGGAUACAUGCAACAGCAUCCUCCAGCCCAGCAGCAUCCUUACCACCAGCAGCAUCCUCACCACCAGCAGCACGUGCCAGAUUGUCAGGUGCAGCCUCAGCCUGCUGCGCCUCCUCAAGCUGUGGUUUCAGUGAAGAAGAGGAAAGGGCGGCCGCCUAGAGCACAGGGUGAGGUGGGUGAGGGUGAGACAUACGAGGAACACAGUGAGGCUGAGGCUGCCAAGAAAGCCAAGAGGAUCCUCAACCGCUUCAAUGGCAUGUCCGUGGCUGAAGUUAUGACGAAAACCCUACCGGACGUUCUUGCCUACAAUCUUGACAUUUUGAUAAUUGGAAUUAACCCAGGAUUGUUGUCAGCCUACAAAGGACACCAUUACCCAAACCCAGGAAAUCAUUUCUGGAAAUGUCUGUUUCUUUCUGGUCUAACUGAGCAGCAGCUCAACUACAUGCACGACCAGAGCCUGCCAGAGAAUUACGGCAUCGGGUUCACAAACAUGGUGGAGAGGACCACACCUGGUAGCAAGGACCUCUCCAGUAAGGAGAUUCGUGAAGGAGGUCGACAGCUACUUGACAAACUGCAAAAAUACAAGCCAUUAAUUGCAGCUUUUAAUGGAAAAGGUAUUUAUGAAAUAUUCUGCAAAGAAACCUUUGGUGUAAAGGCAAAGAAUCUGGAGUUUGGUCUGCAGCCUUAUAAAAUUCCAGAAACUGAAACGGUGUGCUACUUGAUGCCCUCAUCAAGCCCCCGUUGUGCCAAGUUUCCCCGUGCACAGGAUAAGGUGCAUUUUUACAUCAAGCUCAAGGAACUGCGAGACCAAAUUAAAGGUGUAGUACGCAACCGUGAUGUAGAAGAGAUGCAGUACAUCUUUGAUCUACAGAUGGCCAAAGAGGAUGCUAAAAGGAUUGCAAUCAAAGAAGAACAGGUGGAUCCAGAUUAUGAAAGCUGCAGCCUGCUACAGCACACCAGUCAAAGCACCAAAUCACCCUGACAAGAAUAGACAUGGCAGACCACUCAGCAGCUACGUUGUAAAUAUGCUGCUGUCAAAGAUGUAUAUCAGCUGUAAUGGUUAUUAAACAUGACCUUUAAAGACUCUGGACACUGCAAGAGGGGUCGGCCAGUUUCCUGAAGCAUCACAGCGAGCAGAGAGCGCCGUGCCGGCUGGUUCUACCACUAACAUGGAGUAUACAUGUUCUUAUUGUUAUUUCUGUUACUAUUUAUUUCAUUUUAUGUGGUUUAUUUUGCAUUUGAAAGAAUGGUGUUUUAUGGUUUAUCACUGUCAGUCAAGUAAUAAAAUGAGAAGUUAAUUUG